GGUGAUCAUUGGUUCCAAACAUACUGCUGCUGGUUGCCUGCCAUUAACGAUUCCAUACAAAAUAAUUACGUAAGUUCCAAAUUUUAAUUAAAUAAAUUUAGUUUUUUUGCUGGUUCUUUUUUCGAGUGUUUCAUUUGAUUUUGCCCCAAUAAAAUUUUAUUUAGCGAAUUAGUACUUUUGGUAUUUAAACGUUAUCUAUGGUUCUGGUUGUUGAUUUGUAAUUAUUGUGUUUACAUGUCGUAGUAGAUGUUGUGAUGUGUUUCUUUCUCAUAAUUAUUGUACAAAUUUCAUUGAAAAUUAUUUUUGUGAAUACCAUUUUAGUGAAUAUUGUGUUUUAUAAUGCUGAUUCGUCAAUAUAAUGUGUUUAUUAUCCUUUUAUUAAAAAUUUCGAUCGUGCUUCAAAAUGGUUUCUAGGUGUAAACAGUAUUAGGGUAUAUAAAUUUUAUUUACUCAUGUUUAAAAAUGAAUUUUACCUUUAGAGAAUUAAAAUUAUGUCACAAUAAUGAGAAAAAUAGCUCUUUAUUCACGUUUAAGUGAAAAAUUUAGUUUUGAAACUUCAGAAUGUCAUAUUUUUCAGCGAGGGUAUUUAUAUAAAGAUAUAACUUAUUUUUCUAUUCAUAAUAGUAAUUUUUGUGAUUCUCAACGAUACAGUUUAAAUUUUAAACAUCGUUUCCCAUUUUUCAAAGCUAAUUAAUUUUUAUCAGAUUGAAAAUAAAUACAUAAUGUAAAAGUAAAAUAAUUUUUAUUAUUCUACUAAAUCUACAAUUUAAGAAAAAAUUAACGAAUCCUCUUCUCAUUUGGUACUAUUUUCCUUUCUCUUAUGGUACUUUCGGACAAUUUAUGGGUAGUUUUGAUUGAAUUGGGGAGGUUUUGGGGCUCCGUCACCAUUGAGACUUUUAUUCAAACUAUCGUAAUGCCAAGGUUCAAAAACACAGCAAAACCUCUUCUUUUAUGAUACCCUGAAGUCUUUAGGGGUAGUAUUGUGCGCAUUGAUGCAUUUAAUCAGCUUGUUUUUAACUAUCAUUGUGCUAAGCUGACGAAUAAUUGUCCAAAAAUAAUUUUUUUCCUCCUAGGGUACCUUGUCAUAUUUCAGGAGUAGUUUUUGCCAAUAAGGAUUGGUAGGGGUAUAUAAGUGGUUUAAAAAUUUUUAUUUACUAAUUUCAAGAUAACUGCGGUUUAUGGUGUUGAUUAAAAAUUUAUUUUCAUUUUAGUUGAAAACUAUGUAUGUAUAUCUCUUCACUCCUGAAGGUGUCAUAAUAGAAACUUACCGCUUCGAUUUGAAAUAUAACAAAGAUUCUAAUUUUUCAUACAAAACCGAAGAUAAAAGAACACCAGAAGAAGUUUUCACUGCUACUAUUUUUUUUCUAAAAGGUGUUCACAAAUUGGGUUCUUUGGAUAAAUUGGAUGAAACCACAAAACUUGAUAUCGAAAUGUUGCUUACCAAUGAUUGUCCAGACGAUUACCGACCUCCAUAUUUUCAUAAAUCUGAUAAUCCGAUCCACAACUCCAUUCAAAAUUAUACUUUUUUGGGUCAAAUUACUACAGGGUUUCAUAAAUUUUCAUCCAGAUGUUCCGGAUUGAAGUUACCUCUGGAAAGUAUCAAAAAAGUAUCGAAAACUACGCUAGACCUAAACGAAAAUACUUUCGAUAUGGACAUCGAAUCGGUUCAGAAUUCCCAAGUCAUAUAUACCCAGGAACAAUACGAUACAGCUUAUAGCACAGUCAAUUAUGGACAAUAUAGAAAAGAUUAUGAAGUGCUUAAUAUACUCGACGAUAGCGAAGAAGAAGAACAACAACAACAAGAAGUAGUAAAAGCUUGUCCGAAGAAAAGAUUCGAUAACAGCAACAUAACCGUAUCAGAUCGCGUCGAAACGUCGAUGGAAAGCAACGUAGGAAUAUCUUGCAUCUGCAAAUUAGAAGCUCCGGCAUUCAUUUCCAUUAUACGUUGCGCCCAAUGCGAACAACCGUUCCACGCACCGUGCUACGAUUGUUUUACGGACAAUCCGAAUUUUGUAUUCACAUGUUUGGAUUGCAGGAGCGCGGAUAAGAACAUCCCCGUCGCCUUAAUUAAAGAAACGUCUUUGAAAGCUAAAAUGCGGAUAAUUCUGCUGUGCCUUAUGAAAAUUGGAGCGAUACCAAAAGGAAUAUUGAACUCAAUAAAUCCUGAGGACGAACAGUGGAUCAUUCAGAAAAUGAUCAGUUCGAAUCUUUGCGAACCGGAAACGAAAUCUUUAUCCAAUUGCCUUGUUCUAUGGCCAAAAGUAGAUACUUUUUUGGAAGUGUUAACUAACGAUAAAAGAAUAUCAAUCCAAAAUUUGUUUCACUAAGAUUAAUGUAACUAAUGAAAAUGAUUAUAAUUCAGUUGUCAAGUUGAAAAGUUAAAAUUCAAUAUUAGGUUUGUUUUGUUGUUUAGAGUUGAAAACGUUCUAAUUAAAGUUUAUGUUCUG